CAGCAGUCUCCUCUGGCUGCUCUAGCUCUGUAGUGGGACCACUCUGAUGACGUCAGCGUAAACAAACAUGGCGGACGCCUUGUCAGCUUUGCAGCUAGCUCGUUUGAGAUAUUUAUCUUAAACCGUCCUGUUAGUGAACUAAUGUGUCCUUUAUAACAGAUGAAACUCACCUUGUUUCUUCGUUUUAAUGAGACACAUUUGUUGCAACCCCCAUAGCUGUUCAAAGCGGACAACAGGAAAGACAUGGAGCAGUACAGUAUUCUGGGUCGGAUCGGAGAAGGAGCUCACGGCAUUGUCUUCAAGGCCAAACACAUCGAGACAGGAGAGACGGUGGCUCUAAAGAAAGUGGCUCUGAGGCGGCUGGAGGACGGCAUCCCAAACCAGGCUCUUCGGGAGAUCAAAGCUCUGCAGGAAAUCGAGGACAACGAGCAUGUGGUGAAGCUGAAGGACGUCUUCCCUCACGGUACGGGCUUCGUCCUGGUGUUUGACUUCAUGCUCUCGGACCUCUCUGAAGUCAUCAGGAACUCUCAGCGACCUUUGACCCCGGCGCAGGUCAAAGGUUACAUGAUGAUGCUGCUGAAGGGGGUGGCCUUCCUGCAUCACAACAACAUCAUGCACCGGGACCUGAAGCCAGCGAACCUCCUCAUCAGUUCUUCAGGUCAUCUGAAGAUCGCAGACUUCGGUUUGGCCAGAUUGUUCAGUGAGCAGGGAGAGAGACUGUACAGCCAUCAGGUGGCCACCAGGUGGUACAGAGCUCCUGAACUGCUGUAUGGAGCCAGAAAGUACGACGAGGGAGUCGAUCUGUGGGCGGUUGGCUGUAUUUUCGGGGAGCUGCUGAACUCGUCUCCUCUGUUUCCGGGAGAGAACGACAUCGAGCAGCUGUGUUGUGUUCUCAGAGUCCUGGGAACCCCGACUCAGGACAGCUGGCCUGAGAUCGUGGAGUUGCCAGAUUACAAUAAAAUCACCUUUAAGGAGAAUCCAGCCAUCCCUUUGGAGGAGAUCGUCCCAGACACGUCUCCUCAGGCCGUCGACCUGCUCAACAAGUUCCUGGUUUAUCCGUCCAAAGAGCGCUGCUCAGCCAGACAGGCUCUCCUCCAUCCGUACUUCUUCUGCUCUCCCCUUCCUGCUCACCACUUAGAGCUGCCCAUUCCGCAGAGGGGGGGUCGACCCCCCCGCCAGAGGCUGCAGGCUCCCCCCCCAGACUUUUCCGUGGACCUGCCCUUGCAGAACAGCGUGGUAGACCCCGCGCUACUGCAGGGACACGCUUCCUGUCUCUGAACCACCAAUCAAAUUCCUCUUUCAGUGACUCUAUGAUGAUGUUUUACUCAAAUGAUAUGUUCAUUUAUUUUUGUUCUGCUUCAUUGACAUGUUUUUAUUUUACCUUCUGAAUUGCUGAAGUGAUUGUUGAUGAACCUGUAAAUAUUAUGGUUCUUUUCUCACAUUGCACUUCACUCAAACUUCCAUAAAGCUGUAACUGCAGUGAAUAAAAAAAGAUGUCAUAUAACGUGUGAAAGAGACUUUUAUUAACUCUACAAGGGCAAAUUAUAACUAUGGAAGUCCUCUCCGUAGUGGGUAAGCAUGGACAUGGCACAAAAGUUUAGGUUGGAUUAUAAUUUCUGAACUAAAUGUACUGUGAAUAUUUUCUCAUGCAGCUGAUGUUGAAGCUGGUUGCCUGGAUAUAGAUAGGAUAUUUAUGUUUUCAUGAAAAAGCUAUUCCAUAAGCUAUAUUAACAAUGCAAUAUAGUAAAUUAUUGCUGAUAUUUAUCUUUGCGGUGGAGUAGAACUUGCAUAAGAUAGCAGAAGAUACAAAUACUCAAGAGAAAUACCCUUAGUUGUACUUCAGUUCUCAAGUUUUUGGUCAAAAACUUGAAAUAUAUUUUAAAAAAGGGGCAUUUUGUGUCAUUUGUCAUAAAAUGGAAAAAGGAACUUGAUGAAAACUGUGUCCCCUCCCUCACUUCCUGUUUCUCCUGCAAAGCAUCAGUCAAAUUUUGCCAGAGAGAAAUAAGCCCUGCAGCUCUGUGAGUAUCAGCACCGCCCUAAUAUCAGCCUGUUCUAUCUUUGAUUUGAUUUGGAUAGUUUUGUUUUAUCUUAAGUUUUAUCUUUCAUCUUUGUGUAGCUCCUUUUUGUCUUCGAUC